UUCUCGAGGCUAAUAAAUUUAUUGUGGUGCCGUGCUCCACACGCGAGUUUCGGUCCCUGGGACUCCUGCUAUUGUGUCAACUGGACGAGGCAUUUCCAACGUAAUUUCGAUGACCCUCUUUGUAAUUCCACCACUUGAUGUAUGGGUUUAUGUUGAUGGACAAUCCUACAUCUUUUGGUGAGGAAUUCUGAAGUGAGAGUCGGUACGAUAUAAAACGAAAUUAUACGAUUAUUCUUCGUGUGCAUUAUACGUAACAUGAAGCCGGUGUUUUAACUCUCCUACCUGUUGGUAAACGCCAGGUGUAAAAGAAACGGUUGGGUUUUUAACGAAGUGCGCUUUUGACGAGAUAAAUUCGAAGUUAUAAUGUGCUCGUGUGGUUACAAAGUUACAUAAAUGUUAGUUCUCUACCCAAGGAGUUUGAACGCUUAAAAAACUGGAUCAAAACUUUAUACAAACAUCCGUUGAGGUUGAUGGGUAUGGGCCUUAUAAACCUGUGCCGCCACCUAAACCUCUACCACAGCAAAACUCCAGUAGUGCACCACCUCCGCCCUACAGAAUGCCACCGUACCCCCUGUUCAACGAGCCAAGUAUUCCAGGAGCUACCGGUUUGGAAUCGUCUGGAAAUUUAAGCAACUCGCAGGGAUUACAAACGCAUUCAAGCAAAUUCCCGAUUGAACGAGAGGUGAUUUUAUCCAGUGCGGAUAAAAACUCCAAAAUUCCAAUACUACAAGAGUACAAAAAAAGAUCAAAGUCUGCCAUCGCACCUGACAUACCUCCCAAACAAAUGGCCGCCUGGACACAAGCUCAAAGACAAAUGACACUGCAGUCCCAGGUUUUGAAUCCUGAUCAGAUUCAUCCAGCGCAUAUCCAUCAGACCCAACAAAAUAAUUUGCACAAUGGUGUAGACCAGACGGGUCUAUACAGAUCACCAUACCUGUCCGUGUCAGAUUUUUACAAUGGCCAAAAUACUGGCGCGGUUCCCCGUUCUACGUGGCAAGGCGGAGAAGUUAGACCUUCGCCUGCUCCACGCCAAUACCCACAAAGUGAUGACAAUCAAACGAAUUCUCCCAAUGUAGCAAUAUCUAUAGAAACUGCAAAAGACAACAAUCAAAAAGAGACACCCAAGAGUUCUAAGUCAGUAACCAAGACUUAUCAUACAAUCAAAGACUUGAUCUCCAAUCGGUUUCGGAGCGGAAAGGAAAACUCAGAUGAGAAAAUGGACGAACCUGGCUUAAAUAAUGUUACAGAUGAACUGAGAAAAAGUGCAAGAAGCAUAGACCGCCUGGGUGACGAAUAUUCGGACGAACUCACUAACAAUUUUAAAAAGACAGUCGGUGAUCAGGGUAUUUAUGGUAAACCAAGAACGGAGCCAAAUUUAAACAUGCAACAACAACACCAUUACAAUCAACAGAUGAUGCAACAGCACCUACUCUCACAGCCAGCCCCGCAAUCGCGUCAAACUGCUCAACAGUACCAGCUGGCACAACAGCUGAAAGGUCAAGGACAAAAUUUCUACCCCAAUCAUCAGCUCACCCAAGCAAGAUCUCAAGAAAUUUUAGCCCCGUGCACUCCUGAACAAAUUUAUUACCAAAGUCCGUACGGUUCCGCAGCUCAACGGCCUAUGCAACGUUACGGCAUGUCGCAAGGUUCGGAACAGAAUUAUAUUUUAAUGCACCACUCCCAGUUGGACGAGCGUGAAAUGCAGAACGAGAGGUUUCUUGAUGAUCGCCGGCCGAAUGUGGAAAAAAGAAGCGCGCAACAAUUGGAAAGGGAUAAUCUGAGGCAAAGAAGCUUUGAGACCCGUAGGACUGCAUCCCAGCCACAACUCGCGUGUGAUGACGAAGUUACAGCCGAGACCACCACCAAUCACCCUUACCCGCACCUAGUAUCAGCUCACGCACGAAGAGGCUCGCACGGGAAUCUAAUUGAAACUAUAGGCGCCGCUAAUGAGAAUGAAAAAGACAGCGACGACGGUGGUUUCCUAAAGCGCACCACUGACAGACAAGAAAAGGAAGGAUCCGACCUACAAAUCCCCGAUACCAGCACGGGACCAAACACAACUGACACGCAAGAAAGUAGUGGAUAUAACGAUUCGAAAAUUUCAGAUGCUCUGAUGGGUUCGCCCAGAAAGCGACUCGAAGGCGAGAUUGGCAGAAUAGAAGGCGUCUACAACAUCGGCCAAAAACCCAUUAAACCCAAAACCGACAAGAAAAUGACGGGAGAAUCAGGGGCGAGUUCCGAUUACGAUAAACCAGGCCAAAGUUCAUCAAAUGCCGAUUCUGGGCGAGGAAGCGCCGCUUACAGUAGUGGGAGGCGACCCGGCACCAAAGGAAUACAAGAAUCCCCCGAGUUACAUCGUAACAAAACCAACUUCAAGGACCUCUACCACUCAAGUCAAGAUUCUGAAUGGGUGGACGUUGUCGAAAACGAGCUGCGUACCAUCCUUGAACCAAAAUUGCACGAGCUCUCCUUACAAGGAAAUAGCGUAGGCAUCUCAAAUUCGACCUUAAGCGAAAGUAUAUCAUCGAUGACCCCACCGUUACCACCUCUAUCACCCGGUGAACAAUCCUCGCCGAAUUUAACACCACGAAAUUCCGCCAAGUUUAAGAAACAUAGCAGCCUUCCGUAUGGAAGUAAGCCGGAUUAUGGUCAUGAAACGUACAAUAAGUUACACAAAGGGCACGCGGUGGGAACGGGUCGUUGGUCGAAUGCGACACCACAGAAACAACGAAAUAAGAAGAUAGAUCACAAUGCGGCUUUUAGAGCAAAGCAAGCUUUUGGGUUUGAUAACACUGAUAUUGCGUCGACUACAACCCGAUCUUUAGAUUUGGAAUCGAUGCUCGACAACCAGAGUGAUUCGGAGGGCGAUAUUAGCACGACGGACGCCAGAGCCAUACGCAAACAACUGGAAAGUCUCGAAGGGAUGUAUUCUGAGGUGUUAAAAAUUUUGGGAGUGAAGAAGCACAUGGGGCGGUACCAGCCGUCGGACCCUAGGUUUAGUAAGAGACGUUACGGCAGCAUGUCCUCUUUGCCUUCCAGCUCUGUGAGUAGUAGGCCAAUACGAGACAAACGACGGGCCAACGAAGACAGGAAGAAGGUGAAAGAUAUACGCGGAAUUAAUAAGCGCUUCCAACGGCUUGAAUCACACGUAGUGACCUUGGCUCGGUCCGUUGCCCAUCUGUCUUCAGAAAUGAGAACGCAGCACCUGAUGAUUCAGGAAAUGGAGACAAUACGAGGAGAGAUUUCCGCCUUGCGAACACAAACGAAUAUGCUAAACGUAAGAUCCCAGUCGGCGACGCGUGCGGCCAACGGUUCCAAGGAUCUCCCCAACCUCACUAACCCCACACGUGUCAAAAAACUGACUAAGUUUUUUGGAGAUGAGCCGCCAUUGUUAAGACUCUUCCUUAGAAAGCUAGGAUACGAGAAAUAUGCCAACGUCUUUGAGAACGAACGAGUUGGUAUGGUUGAAUUGCCAUAUUUGAGUGAAGAAAGAUUACAGAAGAUGGGCGUUCCUUUAGGACCGCGGUUGAGAAUACUGCAGGAAGCACAAAUCUCAGUUUGUAAAGAUACAACUUUAUGUAUUGUAUAAAGACGCUUUAUAAAUAAUGGCGGCUCAGAAAGCCUCAGUAAUAUUACUGUUAAUUUAUUACACGUUAGUAAAUAUUUAUAUAUAUUUUUUUUACUUUUAUAUCUAUAUUAAAAGUGGUCAUUGUUGAACGUUAAUUGCCAGUGGUACCAAAGAAAUUAGCAUCAUAUGCCUAAAUUGCUAAUUAAUUAGCUUCAAUGUACAUGAUUUAUUAAAUUAGGAUAUUGUAUUAAUUUAAGGAUAUCAAUAAGUACUGGCUUUAAUUAGUGUUUCGAAUUUAAUGUUGUUUGCUCUUUUUGUUUUAAAUGAAAGGUGCAGAUUAAGAUCAAAUAAUUCUAAUAUUAAUGUUGAACGAAUAAAUAACCGUAGAAC